AUGACGCUGAAUAUACAGUUAGCAAAUCGGUCUACCCAUAAUCAGUUGGAAAAAAAAAGGAGAGCGCAUUUGCGUACAUGCAUGGAAUCACUUCGUUCAUCAGUACCAGCAUUGAAUGGAAAUAAAGCUACAACGCUGUCACUGCUGGAAGGUGCCAGAGAUUACAUCGAGGCAUUAAAAUCAACUGCUUCUAAAACCGUACAAACGCAAGAAAAAUUAAGAAAACAAAGAGAACUUUUACGAAAACGUAUUUCUGAUUUGGAAUUGCAAGUUAAUGCUUUAGGCGGACAAGGUUAUGUGCCUCAAAAAUGGGCUUCCAAAGAUAACGAAGAGGAAAAUAUUGAAGUCGAUGUUGUUAGCAGUGAGGAUGAUUGUCUAAGCUCAUUUAGUGGUGGCAGUGAUGGCUGUGCAGCUGAUAAUCGAAUAUAA